GCAGGUUGUACAAGCUCAACAGCAACAGCAUCAAAUGUUCAUCUUUCUACACCAGUGACACAAACAAUGAGGACCACUACACCUACACAACAACUGAGAAAUGAAAGUUCAGAAAAGGAGAGAGAAAUUGCUGAAAUGAGAAGACAAAUUACAGACCUACCGACAGCAUUGAGAGCAAGUGCAUGUCAAGUUGAGGAUUUACAAAGAGAGUUGGAGCAGCUCAGAGAAAGCAAUCAAGCCAUUCAAGCAGAGAAAUCUGCUUUACAGCAGCAAUUGGCUGAUCAGGAGGCUGUGACUCGUACUGUCGCUGAUGAGAAUGAACGUCAAGUGGGAGAAGUAAGGAGAUUGCUGCAGCUCAUGCAGCGACGUGACGAACACAACAAACAACUACAAACAGCAGUUGAUGAGCAGGAACAUUUAGCAGCACAGAAACAGAGAGAAGCAAACGAACUGCAGGAGGAAAUCACAAGAAUGGCAAGUCGGUUAGAUGACAAUGAGAGACAACUGCAACAAAAGGAGGAAGAAUUGGAUUGCAAGAGAAACACAAUAGAGCAACAGGGAAGCACAAUAGAAGAGCAGAGAAGGCAAAUGAAUGUCUUGAGGCAGGAGGUGCAAGAGAAGCAGAUGACUAAUGAACGUCUAGCAAGAGCCUUACAGAGAAGUGAAAGUGCAGUGCAGGAGCUGCAACAACUUCAACAUCAAUACGACAGCGUUACACUGAUCCAUGAUGACAGUUUACACGUGACUGGAUUAAAGUUGGGAGAAGGAGCUUAUGGAGAGGUUGGUGUUGGCAUGUGGAGUGGUGUAAGAGUUGCUGUCAAGACAUUUCAUGAAGAACCGGUUAGAGUAGACGAACUCAACAUUUCGUUCAUUCAACGUGAAGUGUCGGUGUCCAGUCGUGUCCAUCACCCCAAUGUUGUAUCCAUCUGUGGAGCUAUCAUUGAGAAUGAAGUUCCUCUUCGUAUCGUCAUGGAGCUUUUGGAAGGAUCACUGAAAGAUGUGAUCAAAGCUGCUUUGAGAAGCAGAUAUCUGUCCACGAGGGAACAAGUGGAUAUAGCUGUGGGAUGUCUGUGUGGUGUGAUGUAUCUCCACCAGCUGCAGCCUGCUCUUCUUCACGGAGACAUUCGCUCUACCAACAUUCUCAUCGGCAAGACCAUGGAAGCCAAAAUCGGUGAUCUGGGCUCUUGUCGCUUCUCUAACGAGUCACUUUCUGUCGGUCCUCUCAGUCCACAAUACAUUGCACCAGAACGAGUCGUGGAAGGUCGUGCAGUGACCCCACGCAACACAACACAAGCCGACGUGUACAGCUUGGGAGUCACGUUUGUCGAGUUAUUCACAGGAGUAGGUGCAGAGGUGAAACGGCGUAAGAGUCAGUUUCGAGCUGUUCCUUAUGUUCCACUGCAGGACAUUUGCUUUGCUAUGGCAGAAGAGAAUCCACGUGAUCGCAUUUCUGCAGCAGCAGCUCUCUUGCAAGUGAAUGCAGUGAAGCAGAAUGGCGAGUACACUUCGUGUCCUCCCAAAAGGAUGGUGAAAGGCAAGAAACGCAAUGAAGACAAAGUGAUACUCGUAGAGAUGCCGUGGAUGUGACUUUAGAGCAGAUAAUUGUGAUGUAUUUGUUUGUCCGUUUGUCUCGAUUUAUCCAACUUUGCAGCUUGUUAUAAAUGCAAUAGAUGAUGUUGCACGUGUGUAGUCUGCUGUGCAAUAUGAGUCGACAUUGAACUUUUUGAUAUUCUAGCAGUCGGUGUCAUAGUUUUUAAUUUACAGUUUCACUUUGUGCUGAUGUGAAUUGUACACAUUUUUCGUAGCCUUUUUAAAUGCUGUUUAUCACUUUUGUAUGUCAAUGCUACAGCUGAGUAUGAGUCUUUUAUAAUACAACUUGCCAAUCGAA